AUGUCGACCUCAAAAUCCUGGUUUGAUCAGGGACCUUUUCGCGGUCGUUUCGCUUGCGGAAGCACCAUCAUUACCGAUAAUCGAGCUCAGUGGAAGAUUCUUGAACGCCUUAAGCAAGAGGAUCUCCAGACAACCGGGCGGGGGGCGCCAAGCUAUGCUACCCUCAAACUGCGCUGCCAACAGGAUUCCCCAACUCGCGCCGCGCAAGCCAACACGACCUUCGAACCCGAUGAACUCUACGCAUAUCGCACCCUGAGCCAGAACCACUCAAAGUGCACACCAAAACUGCUGGAGUCCCGCAAGAUGACCCAGAAGCCCGCGGAACUCGUCCCUGGCGGGUUCAUCUUCUUCGUCGCUUGGGAAAUUGUUCCGGGGCUCCGCCUAGGCGACGGCACUGGGAAGGUCGAUAGUCGACUCGCAGUCGCUACUCUGCCCUCCCCCGUACUAUGUCUUUGUGCCUCGUUUAAGUAG